AUGACGACCGUCGCUGGACAACAAGGCCUAUCAGACAUCAGUGGCAAUGUCGAGGAACUACGAAAAUCGCUUCCACAUGUUGAUCUUGAAACGGGUCUGAAAAACCGUGUUGUGAAGCGCGAUCCUAUUGCUGGACUUGGGGACCUGCCGAAGGAGCACUGCGAUUUUGGGAAACCAAAGACGUCGCAUCAGAAUAAGAAAAGUAACGUAAAUCAUCCCGUUGACUUGUUGCCCUUUUUCAAGGUCCUCAGAGUCGCCAUUUCUACUGGCCUCGAGGGCGGAAAAGAUUUCAACAAGACAUUACUCAGCUGGGAUGCAGAUACAGCAGCUCUUCUACCCAAGUCUAGUCAGAAUUCCACCAAGGGUGAUAGCAAAUUGGCUCGCAACCCGAUUGCCCUGACAGGCAAUUUGGGAGAGGAAGUUGACUCCCUUCGCUGCACCUCGCGACCGAGGAAGAGUUCGACUCGUGGACCUCAGAGAGAUCCCAUAUCAGGAAAGGGCGAUUUUGGUGAACGCGAAUGGGAUCCCAUCUGGAAGUACAACGGUCGAGCGCGACGAGCACGGAGUUCAACAGGUAGCCUUCAACUCAUUGUAACACGUUCACACGAAUGCUCAAAUUGUGCAUCAGAGAUAUUGCAGUACUCGGACUAUUCGUUGCAAUCCUCUGACUGGAGAAAAUGCAAAAACAUUCGCAAUCACAAUGGAGGAGAGGCAAAGCGGUGGUUUAACACCAAAGACGCCGCGAUCGAAAAGUCUCUAUUCAUAAGUUUUAAUUGCAAAUCUGAUAUUUUAGCCCGUAACAUUAUCACCGGUGAGAACUGCGCAAACUUUGACAUAUCUCAAGAAAUGAAGCCGAGUGGACCUCGACGACGCUCAGGUACGAACCAUUACAGGUUUUGUUUAAUUGAUUUGUGGUAA